AUGCAGCCUGGAGAGAAACUUGAUAAUGACAAUCUAUGGAAUGAUUACGUUCAGUUUUUGGGCGAGUUGGCCAACAGGUUUGAGUCACCGCUUCCUUUUAAAUAUGAAGAUAGCGUGGCGGAAGAUCCUGAUGUGGCAGAUUGCGUGACAGCCUUGGUCACGUAUUACGAAGCUUAUGGCUGUUUCAUGGCUCUUCUGUUAGCUGCCAAGGGAAAAUAUGUUCAGUUUGGAAGCGAGUAUAAAGAGAAUGAAAAGGUCGUAAAUCGAAAGAUAAGCUGUCAAAGAAGGGAUGCAAAAGGAAAACUUUCUUUUCUUUCAGAUGUGAGGUGUUUGACGUUCCUCAGAAGUCUUCCCUACCAGGGUGGAAAAUUGACCAAGAUUUUGGCUUUAAGCAGAAACCUUCGCGGUAAGAGCUUGGUAGAGACAGUCAGAGGCAGCUUGGCUUUGACGCCAAUCCAAAGUCUUGACACGGUGGAAUCUGCUGCGAGGAAAGUGUCUCGCCAGUUAGUGAAGGUAAAAGUAGAAGGGCAUCAAAUUCACACUGGAAAUUGGCUGAGACGUCAUGUUUUGACAGCUUUUGGGCCGUCAUUUUACGCUCAUUUCAUCAACGAGACGAACUUCCCCAUGAAAAUUGUUUCAGGAAGAUUCGGUCAGAAUAAAGGUAACCUUGAGUUUGUCCAGGUUGUUCAGCCUCAUGCAUCUCAUCCACAGAGAGCGGUUUCCUUUACUGAUUUUUUGGGAACGGGUUUUUCUACUGGAGGCUACAUCACUCUUUAUCUGAAUGGAAUCGUAAGCCCAGAUAUGGCACCACCCGCAGACGAUGUUAGGGUUAUGGAGUUUGCUUUAUCGCUAAGACUCUUGCCACCCAUUUUCAAUCGCAAGAUCAUUAACAUUGAGGACAAAACAAGCAAUGAAUUUACAGGUGGUAAAGACACUUACAAGAAAAUGAAUUCUAGCGAAACCAAGACCUUGUACUGGUUUGAUAAAGGAACACACUUCAUGGCAAGAGGAGAGAUUGUAACUCAAUAUUUCAUAAUAAAUAUUUGGCGUUUUAUUAUCCAGGAGUUCGAUCCUUUAACUGAAGAAGAUUAA